UGAGCCGCGGUCGAUCCCAAGUGCGCCGCGGCGCGAGGGGUGCGGACGGCAAGGUCGCACGGAACCCCGAAGGCGACCAGGUCCGCAAGCCCUGAAGCCCCUACUGUGGCUGCUGCGAGCGGCCCUGCAGUGUGCGGCCGCGGACACUCACCUGUGCCUGGAGCCCAUCCCGGUCUCCGGCGGGUGUCGCGGGUCCCUGACGUCCCCUCCGGUGCGCUCCUGGGGCCACUUUCCGGGGCGGAAGUCAGCCUGCUCCGGCUCCGGUGGAACCUGCUCGGAGGAAUGGCGCCGCCGGGUUCAAGCACUGUCUUUCUGGUGGCCCUGACGAUCAUAGCCUGCACCCAGGCCCUGACGCCUACCCACUACCUCACCAAGCAUGAUGUGGAGAGACUGAAAGCCUCGCUGGCCCGCCCUUUCACAGAUUUGGAGUCUGCCUUCUACUCCAUUGUGGGACUCAGCAACCUUGGUGCACAGGUGCCAGAUGUCCAGAAAGCAUGUACCUUCAUCAAGUCUAACCUUGAUCCCAACAACGUGGAUUCCCUCUUCUUUGCUGCCCAGUCCAGCCAGGUCCUCUCAGGGUGUGAGAUAUCUGUUUCAAAUGAUACCAAAGAUCUGCUUCUGGCUGCAGUCACUGAAGACUCCUCUGUCGCCCAGAUCUACCAUGCAGUUGCAGCGCUCAGUGGCUUUGGCCUUCCCCUGGCAUCCCAGGAAGCCCUUGGUGCCCUCACCACUCGUCUCAGCAAGGAGGAGACUGUGCUGGCAACAGUCCAGGCUCUACAGACAGCAUCCCACCUAUCCCAGCAGGCUGACCUGAGGAACAUCGUGGAGGAGAUUGAGGACCUUGUUGCUCGUCUGGAUGAACUAGGAGGAGUAUAUCUCCAGUUUGAAGAAGGACUAGAAACGACAGCACUGUUUGUUGCUGCUACCUACAAGCUCAUGGACCAUGUUGGGACGGAACCAUCCAUUAAGGAGGAUCAGGUCAUCCAGUUGAUGAACACGAUCUUUAGCAAGAAGAACUUUGAAUCCCUCUCAGAAGCCUUCAGUGUGGCAUCUGCUGCUGCUGCAUUGUCCCAGAAUCGCUACCAUGUACCAGUGGUAGUUGUGCCUGAGGGUUCUGCUGCCGACACUCAUGAACAGGCUAUCCUUCGGUUGCAGGUCACCAAUGUUUUGUCUCAGCCUCUAAUUCAAGCUGUUGUUCAACUGGAACAUGCCAAGUCUGUGGCUUCCAGAGCUACUGUUCUCCACAGGACGCCUUUCAUUCCUAUAGGGGAUGUUUUUGAACUAAACUUCAAGGAGCUUAAAUUUUCCAGUGGUUAUUAUGACUUCUCUGUCAGAGUUGAAGGUGACAACCGUUACAUUGCCAACAUUGUAGAGCUUAGAGUCAAGAUCUCCACUGAAGUUGGAAUCACAAAUGUUGAUCUUUCUACUGUGGAUAAGGAUCAGAGCAUUGCACCAAAAACCACCCGGGUGACCUACCCAGCCAAAGCCAAGGGCACAUUCAUCGCAGACAGCCACCAGAAUUUCGCCUUGUUCUUCCAGCUCGUAGAUGUGAACACUGGUGCUGAGCUCACCCCUCACCAGACAUUUGUUCGACUUCAUAACCAGAAGACUGGCCAGGAGGUGGUGUUUGUUGCUGAGCCGGAUAACAAGAAUGUGUACAAGUUUGAACUGGACACCUCUGAAAGAAAGAUCGAGUUUGAUUCUGCCUCUGGCAUCUACACACUCUACCUAAUCAUUGGAGAUGCCACUUUGAAGAACCCAAUCCUCUGGAAUGUGGCUGAUGUGAUUAUCAAGUUCCCUGAAGAAGAAGCUCCUUCCACUGUCCUGUCCCAGAACCUUUUUACCCCAAAACAGGAAAUUCAGCACCUGUUCCGAGAGCCUGAGAAGAGACCCCCCACGGUGGUGUCCAAUACAUUCACAGCUCUCAUCCUCUCACCCUUGCUCCUGCUCUUUGCACUGUGGAUCCGGAUUGGUGCCAAUGUCUCCAACUUCACUUUUGCUCCUAGCACCAUUAUCUUUCACUUGGGACAUGCUGCAAUGCUGGGGCUCAUGUAUGUCUACUGGACUCAGCUCAACAUGUUCCAGACUCUGAAGUACCUGGCUGUGCUGGGCAGUGUAACAUUUCUGGCUGGAAAUCGGAUGCUGGCCCAGCAGGCAGUCAAGAGGAUCGCUGCAGAGCAGAGCAGUAGAUUGGCAAAAUAUAGGACACUACGAACAGCACAUUAGUUCCAGAAGGAUGGAAAUCCUGGAAACUGAAGUGAGUGUUGAAGCAUGGAGGCAGGAAGAAUUCAUAGUAUGGAAAGAGGAAUGAGGGGGAGAAAACAAAACACAGAAAUCUGUUAUUUAAAAAGUAAGAACUUUGAGAUGUGAUUAUACUUUUGCUUGUUUUUCCAUUCCUGCUGCAUAGAGCAGGUACAUGUGGGCCCAGAUCAUCUGUUUCUUUGUUAUGAUGCUUGGCAGGAUGUUGUGAAUAGCCCAGAUUAGCCCUUUGUUAUGUCCAAAAAAAUUGAAAUCUGUAAUUCAUCUGCUUUGGAAUAAAGAGAAUAAUAGGA